AUGGUGUGCUACGACGGUUCGCACUCCCCCUGUGGAAGAUUUUCGCAGAAGGACUACGACUGUCCCACGUGUGGAAAAGUAUUUACAUCAUCUACACCGAAGACUGUGUGUCCGUGCUGCUCCAAGUUGUGCUGCUCCCAGUGUGUGCAGACGGAAUGUGUCAUUUUUUCCGGAGACAGGCCUUUCCAAGUCUGUGUGAGCUGUUUCCUUAUGCUACGUAGCGACAGGGACAGUACCGCGUUGAAUGUGCUUCCGCUUUACGCCGUUCCAAACGUGUCGUCAAAACUAUCACGCAUCCGUACCGCGACAAAGGUGCAACCGCCCUCAGAUACAUCAUCUGAUCGCGUGGUUGUGGAUGCACAUUUGAGGGUUCCAGACGCUAAGAUGCGAAUGAAUGCGACGGAAAAGGUUAAUUUAGAGCGAAAAGCACCGUUACCUAGCCCAAGGGUACUUCAGCAGCGCAAUGCCUCCGUGCGCAAGCAGGAAUCCACCGUCGAUACCGUGCGGGAGGAGAAGGCACCGUCCGUGCCGUUUGUUGGGCAAGCAGAAAAAACAAAUGAGGGAGGUCGAGUAGUUGGCAAACUCCAAGAUGAGAUAAGCAGACUCAAAAGGGAAAACAGCGCUCUGAGCAGUAAACUGCAAGAAUUUCAAGGGCAUGCAGAAGGUGCGCAGCGAAAGGUGCACCAAAUUGCCACGCAAACCCAGAUUAAGGAGCAGGCUGCUCAAAACCCACAGAGGGGCGGCACGGAUGGCGCGGGGGAGGUUGUACAACCUAGGCAAGAGCAAAAAUCUCUCGAGAUGGUCCGUUCGUCAUCUUCGGCCCCGAUGUCGGCACGUUAUUCUCAUCCGUCUAUAGUACAUGCCACGAUACUGACCGUUGUCCCAACAAAACUGCAGGUUGCAUUGUGUGAAGGCAUCGAUUUCAGUGACUGGGGGUUUGAUACUCUAGAGGUCGCCUCACUUGUACCUUCUGCACUGCAGACGGUAGCGGCCGAGGUUGUCACGCGGUGGAAGAUGUUUGCCUCAGAGGAAGAGAUGCAAAGGUGGUGCCACAUGGUGGCAGCUAUAGAAAAUAAUUACAGACCAAAUCCUUUCCAUAACGCAGUGCGCGCGGCGGAUGUGGUGCAGGCUGUUUUCUCGCUUGCCUCCGCCACAAAGCCACUCAUGAGACACGUGACGCUUGUGGAGUUGAAAGCCCUUGUUUUUGCAGCGGUUGCACUUGACGUCCGGCACCCGGGGCGUACGAAUGAGUUUUUGGUGCGGACGUGCGACCCGCUGUGCUAUCGUUACCCCGGCCCUGGUACCCUUGAACAAAUGCAUGUGGCCACUGCUUUUCAGCUAGUGGAGGUGCCAGAGCUCAAUUUCACCUGUCGUAUGAAUGAUGAGUCAUUCCUAAGGUUCAAGACUAUCGUGUCAAAACUCAUUUGCCGAACAGACACCGCAGUGUUGGAGGACCAUUUAGAGCACUGGCGAGCAAAAGCACGAGAGGGCGGCUUCGACUACGGUGCUCCUGACGAUAGGGUAGAUGCCCUCUCUCUCCUUCUUCUGGCAGCCGACUUUGGUGUGAUUAGUCGUGGUGCAGACAUCGCAGCAAAAUGGCUUGUGCUCACGGAGGAACACGCCGCGCAAGCACAGGAGGAGCGCCGCCGCGGUCUUCCCGUUACUCCCGGUUUCGAUCUCCCGACAUCCGUUGGGCGGUCGCAAAUUGCGUUUCUAGAUUCUGUUGUUAUCCCGCUCUUUAAUCAGGUUCAGCAGCUGUUUCCAGGUAUUGUGGAGCCUUCACGGAACCUCCGGGCCCUGCGGUCGAAGUAUGCCGCGAUGGCAAACCCACCCGUUCUUUCCACCUCAGUCGUUUCCAACCAUGGGGAAAGCAGGGAGAGGCAACAAAUAGGUGAGACACAUAACUUGCUACGUCGUUAUCAUGGAGUCGAUGACCACCGCUACGUAAGUCCGAUAAACACAUCGGUGGAAGGGCGAGACGUGUUAUCAGGGGCGUUAGAGGAACCGCGAGCCAUGAGUGAGGGACGGGUGGAUCACUUGCACGGGAAGGAUAGACCAUUUCGUUUGGAGUUGGGGCGUUGCACGGGGUCAACGGGUACCAAAGAACGGGUAAAUGGAGUUGCAGGAUUAGAAUAUACACCGAGGUUUCUUGACGCCCCAACACAGCAUGACUAUUCGUCGGCACCUUCUUCUGGGAAAGUAGGUUACAGCCACAGUGCGUGUCCUGCUGAGAAGGGUGGACGUAUUGAUAGAUUUGAUCAGCACCAAAUAGCUCCGUCAAGAUGUGUAGCUUCGGUGCCUGAGAUUAGGAUUGAAAAACCACCUCCAUUCAGGUCAAGUGAGCGAGACGCGAUGAUACCCCAGAGGGAUAAUGCGUUAAGUACUCCCAUUCGCCGUGCAUUGAACUCUUCAACAUCUCCUAGUCGGUGGGAUGGGGAUGACCGACUUGUACGGAAGUAUUCUGAAAUGGAUGACCUUCUGCUGCAUGUGAGGGCGAUGCGUGUAGGUGGCGGACUCAAUCAUGAUCACGAAGAAAAGCACCGACGACUGCGCUCCACGCUUGCUGAGCGUGAGGCGAUGAUCACCGAGGCUGCCGAGUUGCUGCGACAGCGGCGGCAGCAGCUGCGGUCCGGUAGCGCUGCACGCAGUAAUGAAAUCCUUCAGGGGCAUGCUGAUGCGGCUGUUUUGCAACUUAGGGUGGCAGCUGCAAAUGCGUCGGUGGGUCCUUGA